AUGAUGCUCAAGUCCGUUCUCGUUUCUGCCCUGCUCUCGCUCGCAGUGGCCACUCCCGUCCCCCAGCCUGCCGACCUGGAAGUCCGUCAGCUGCUUGGCAGCUCCAACGACGUCGAGUCGGGUAAUUGCAAGGACACGAUGUUUAUUUUUGCCCGCGGCUCCACCGAGAUUGGCAACAUGGGAACCGUCGUCGGACCUCCGGUCUGCCAAAACCUGCAACAGAAACUGGGUUCCGUGGGCUGCCAGGGCGUGGGAGGUGCGUACUCGGGCGGUCUGGUGCAGAAUGCUUUGCCUCAGAACACCGACCCAGGCUCGAUCAACGAGGCGGUCAAGAUGUUCCAGGACGCAUCCAGCAAGUGCCCCAAGGCCAAUAUCGUUGCCGGAGGAUACAGUCAAGGAAGUGCUGUCAUCGACAACGCCAUCCAGAAGCUCGACGACGACAUCAAGAACAAGGUCAAGGGUGUGGUGCUCUUCGGGUUCACUCGCAACCUGCAGGACCACGGCCAGAUCCCUAAUUACCCCAAGGACCAGGUCAAGGUGUUCUGCGCUGUGGGCGACUUGGUCUGUGACGGCACGCUGGUCGUGACCGCCGCCCAUUUGACCUACGGCCUAAAUGCCGGCGAGGCUGCGAGCUUCCUGGCCUCGAAGGUUCAGGGCUGA